AAGGGGCUUCUGGUACUAUAUAUAACAGGCUAAUAGCACGAGAUUUCAUAACAAGCCGUGAUUUUCCACCAAACAUUUCACUCAAAGCCUCAUAAAAAGAUCAUCUGCUUAACUACUCCAUUUGCUGAAACAAAAUGGAGCUACUUGUGUACUAGAAAGUCUAGCAGUGGAACUUUUUGUGCAAAUAACAUUAAUUCAUAUUCACAAUAUUUUCUGAUAUAUCAUUUCAAAUCAUUCCUAUGAUGCGGUAUUAUCUCUCCGAGCACCCUUCCGUUGUAAAUUUUCGUUGGAGUCACAGCCAAUCAUGGGGCAACACGUGGUCCUUCCUCUUCACCUCCAUAGCAGCCUAUAUCCUCUUCUCCCUCUUCCUCCACCUCCUACUCUGCCUCCUCUUUCGCCACCGUCGCCCUCUCCCGCUCGGCCCCAUCCCCGCCGUCCACUCCCUCUCCAUGGUCCUAAUCUCCCUCACCAUCUUCUUCGGAAUCCUCCUGUCCGCCGCCGCUGAAAUCCACGAAACUCGCUGGUUCUGGCGCCGUAACAAAACCACCACUUUCCAGUGGCUCCUCUGUUUCCCUCUCGGCACGCGCCCUUCCGGACGCGUGUUCUUUUGGUCCUACAUUUUCUACUUAUCUCGCUUCCUCCACACGCUACGUACUUUCUUCGCCAUUCUCCGUCGUCGAAGACUCUACUUCUUCCAACUCUUCAACCACUCGAUCCUCAUAUUUAUGUCCUUCCUGUGGUUAGAAUUCUCGCAGUCGUUUCAAGUACUAGCAAUACUAUUUACGACGUUGUUAUAUUCUGUUGUUUACGGAUACAGAUUUUGGACCGCCAUUGGAUUGCCAAGCGCGUGCUUCCCGUUUGUUGCAAGCUGUCAGAUUCUGUUACUGGGAUGCAACGUUGUGUGCCACGUUGGGGUGUUGUUGCUCCAUUUCAUGAAAGGUGGGUGUAACGGAAUUGGGGCAUGGCUUUUCAAUUCAGUGCUCAAUGCUGCUAUACUUUUCUUGUUCCUUAACUUUUAUAUGAAGCUGCACUUGAAGAAUAGAAAGUUUGAAGAGACUCAAAAUUUGGACUCUGUCAUGAAGAGCAAGGAUAUUUGAAGUCUCUGCUUCUUUUUUUCCACAACAUUUUGCAUUAAACUUUUGUCAGUUGUAUCGUAAAUUCCGUUGAAGGAAAUCGAUCGAGACUCCUUUAAUUUACAGCUAUGAGUAUAUGUAUAUUACUUAAUAAAUCGAUUAUGAAAACUUAGAUCAAACUGCCUAUUAAUUCAUACAUGACUUUUCCCU